GAGAUGGGUUCAUUAUGCUUAAGGCAAUGUUGCUUUGCUCUCUUCCUCAUUUUGGCAAUCUGGGCUAAUCAAGCUACUCCUCAUGAGCUCACCGAGUCGUCGUCCAUGGCUGAGAGAUACGAACGGUGGUUGGCUAAAUAUGGAAAGUUGCACAGGAGUGCUAGGGAGAAACAAAGACGCUUCCAGAUAUUCAAGCGUAAUGUUGAGUAUAUAGAUGCUUUUAAUGCAAAAGGUGGCAAAACUUACAGGCUAAGUGUUAACAAAUUUGCAGACCUAACUGAUGGAGAGUUUCAAGCUACCCAUAAAGGAUAUAGGAGGCCUCGAUCUAAAAGGUUAGAGAAAACGCCAUUUAAAUAUGAAAAUGUGACCGUUGUUCCUCCUAGCAUGGACUGGAGAAAAAAAGGAGCUGUUACUCCUGUAAAGGAUCAAGGGGAUUGCGAGAGUUGUUGGGCAUUCUCAGCAGUGGCAGCAAUUGAAGGGAUAAUCAAGAUAGCUACAGGUAAACUGAUCUCUUUAUCAGAGCAAGAGCUUAUGGAUUGUGACAUCAAAGGCAUCAAUAAUGGCUGCCAUGGUGGAAUGAUGGAAGAUGCAUUCAAGUUCAUAAUAAACAAGAAAGGGAUAUCAAGUGGAGCUAAUUACACUUACAAAGCAAUCCAAGGACAAUGCAAAAAAGCUUCCCCAGCAGCUAAAAUCAAGAGAUAUGAAGUUGUUCCUCCCAACAACGAGAAAAAUUUGUUGAAAGCUGUGGCAAACCAGCCAGUAUCUGUUUGCUUAGACAGUAGAUCGCCGGAGUUCAAGUACUAUGAUGGAGGUGUUUUUCAUGGAGAUUGUGGAACUGAUGUAGACCAUGGGGUCACCAUUGUUGGCUAUGGGAUUACAAGAGAAGGGAUUAAAUAUUGGAUUGUGAAAAAUUCAUGGGGUGAUGAUUGGGGUGAGAAAGGAUACAUGAGGAUUCGUAGAGAUGUUGCUGCUAAGGAAGGCCUCUGUGCUAUAGCCACCGACUCCUCCUAUCCAAUUGCUUAAAUUAUAUCAACUAUUCUAUGGAUUUAAAAUAUACUUCUUUGUUAUGUAUUUUCACUUUUUACAAAAAAAUAAAUAAAUAAAAAUAAAAACUU